UCGUUGGUAUUACUGAAUCAACUUGCAAGCGGUCCACAACGUAUCCGCCGAGUAGACGUGCUCAAAGCUAAACACGAACUUUCCUUAUAAUUGUAUAUAUUUACCUACAUAUAUCCAUAUGUAUGUACAUACGUAAUGCAUUAUAAUAGAAUGAGAAAGGUGAAGCGUAGUUUGAAUUAAAUUUAAACGGAAAUUAUAAAAAUAUGACGCUAAAAAGUGAUCCAAAACGAAGUGAAUGAACAAAUUUAUUUGAACAGAAACAUUUUUGGCAACCAGUGAAAAGCAUUUUGAGCAUACAUAUGCAUGCAUAUCUAUGUACACGAGAACAUUUAAACAAUUCUAAAACCUAGAAAAAAUACAGAUAUUAAAAUCAAACAAUUGUAUGAAUACAUGAAAGUCAAUAAGUAUGUGAGAAUAUACAACUUCAAAGUUGACAUGAACAAAUACUUAUGUAAACUAAAAAUCAUUCGAAGGGGAAAUUUGAAAUGAAAUACAUAUGCUUGAUAAUCCGAAAAAAUGCCAAAAAAACAGAAUGUCAUGUAAAAAUAAAAACAGACAGCGUGCAAAAAAACAUUCUCUCUGGAGUGUGUACAUACUUACAUAUAUGUAUACUAUACAUAUGCAUGUAUGUAUAAAACAAUGUACCUAAAAAAAACAUUUACGCAUGAUAUCGACUCAAUGUACAUAUUUGUAGGUGUACACACGUAACGCUGCCAUAGCUAAAAACAGUGCGAAUUUUAGUAGCUGCCGCUGUUUGCUGGUGUGCGUGCGCGCCGAAUGGAACCUAGGUCAAUAUUGUUUCUAGUGCGACGAGAGAAAUUAUUACCAGUCAACUUGCAGCAAUAGCUAGAUAUUCAUCUACAUACAUACAUACAUAAUUGAGCUUUUGGUGGGAGUUAAGGGAGCCACGAUACCCUCUGUACAACAAAUAAUAUAAAAUGUUUGACGAAAGGAAAAAGCUGCCGAGCCUAUAGGCUCUCAAACGCUUUCACUCUUAUUUACACUAGUAUGUAUAUCGAGAAAAAGAGCGAAAGCAGUAAAUUGACAAUGCAAAAUUAAUUAUUUUUGAGAAUGACGCUAAUGUAAUAAACUAAAAUUACUUGUUCCUAAAAUACCAUUAGUGUGUCUGACUACUACAAACAGUCUAACUGCUGCUUUCGUUCUUUGUUUUUCCCUAAAACCCCUUACUCGUAGAUCUGCGGGGCACAGCGCGUGUGCCGAUGAAACAUCUACCAACAAUUUGUGUUAAACACAAACAAAAGCGUCGGAAAUAUCUCAACGCACUGUUUAAAUACUCUCACAUAUACUCGUAUAUACGUAUGUAUGCACAUAUUGUUAAUGUAUUUGGAAAAACGUGAAUGCUGCUAACUUAAUGCUUAACGUAUUGAGUGCCUUGACAAGUUUAACCAUACGCAGUAAAAAGUACACACACACAUGUACACCUUUUACACAUUAUAAGCUACAAUUUAGGUUCUAAUCGGAUCGUUGCUCAUUCCAAAACAAUUCCAAGCACACACUCGCUUAAAUUGUACCGCUGAAAGCUCGCAAUAUCCGAAAUGGUGCAUAACGCCCGCGCGACUUCAAUUUAGUGCUAACAGAACUUGAAGUGAAACGAGCGAACAACUUUUGUUAAUAUUUUAUUUUAGAAUAUGUAAUUUAACGUGUCUAGUACUAAUAAGUAUAUCUACGAUUUGUGUAUUUCAGUGUCAUUGACGUUUCUGUUACUAAAAAGUUCAGAACCAAACAAGUAAAAAAAAACUUUUGGUGUAAAUUUAUAACCACCAAACAUAUAUAAUAUAUAUUUUAAUAAGUAAACAAUCUACAAAAGCUAUAAGCUGACGAGUUUUUACUUCGUGCAUAUGUGAUUUAAAUAAGGAGCACAAACUUUUCAACAGGACAAAGAAUCGAAAUUGCACUAAAAAACGCCUUUUAUGAGACACCAAUUAAAAUGGUAUAUCACCAAUCUUCACCACUGGUUAUUAAGACAGAGAAGCUUAAUCAAGCCCAAUUCUGCACCCCUCUACAGACAAGAACAGAAUUAAGUUCUGUUACAACAAAAAGAAUCUUAGAAGCACAUCAACUGCAACACGGCGCUCCGGUUCUAUAUAGCAACAACAGCAAUGUUACAACAAUGCAGCAGCAACAGCAAUUAACGGCAACGUCAUUACCUCAUACAAGUAUUAUACCAAUCAAUGUGACACAAAUGACUACAGCGAAUAUAAGUAUACCUGCCAACAUCAAAGCAGAACCGAAUAUCGGCAUAUAUGGAACUGCCGCACCUGGCAGAAACACAAAUGCCCCCGCUACGACGUUGCAAGUAAAUGGCAGCGGCAACAUAAACCGCAAACAAACGAUAAAUAAGCCAAAAUUUAAAUGCGAACAAUGUGGAAUGACCUUCGGUAGUAAAUCUGCACACACCUCACACACCAAAUCUCAUGCGAAAAGCAAAGAUUUAGUUGGUGUUUCCGCGGCAGAGUCUACCAGACGGGCAGAAAUCAGCGAAACUAUUACACCAGCGGGUAUACCAAAGAUGCCAAAUAUGACAGGUGAUCCAUAUCAAUGUAAUGUUUGUCAAAAAACAUUUGCGGUGCCCGCUAGGCUGAUCCGUCAUUAUCGGACGCAUACCGGCGAACGGCCCUUCGAAUGUGAGUUUUGCCAUAAACUAUUCAGUGUGAAGGAGAAUCUACAAGUUCAUCGCCGCAUACACACCAAAGAACGGCCAUAUAAGUGUGAUGUCUGCGACCGAGCUUUCGAACACUCGGGUAAAUUGCAUCGCCACAAGCGCAUCCACACCGGCGAACGGCCGCAUAAAUGCUCUGUCUGCGAGAAAACAUUUAUACAAUCUGGGCAACUAGUUAUACAUAUGCGUACACAUACCGGCGAGAAACCCUACAAAUGCCCUGUUGAGGGUUGCGGUAAGGGCUUUACCUGCUCCAAACAACUGAAAGUGCAUUCACGUACUCACACGGGUGAAAAACCUUAUCAUUGCGAUAUAUGCUACCGCGAUUUUGGCUACAAUCAUGUACUCAAACUACAUCGCGUACAGCACUAUGGAUCCAAAUGCUAUAAAUGUACAAUUUGUGAUAGGACUUUUGGGAGCAAAAAAGAAAUGGAAGCGCAUAUUAAGGGUCAUGCCAAAGAGUUACCAGAUAACGAGGAUGGACUUGCAGCUGGUGCAAUUAUUGCCGACAACACCAGCAACUCAGGAUCUAGCAGUUCGAGUGGCGAAGUAUCAUCAACACCGGCUUCACCUUCAUCAGCUACUCCGUCCGAUGUGGCGCCUGUUAAACCGCGCAAAACAAAGCGUUGUCGCGUUCAAUCCAUAAAAAAAUCUACUUCUAACACGCCUAACCAAUCAUCGCCACGAUCCACAUUAUCGCCAAGCUCAUCGCUUGCAUCUACAUCUCGUCUUUCAGAUGGUAUGCUCGAAUCCAUGCCCACAUCGCCACAAACACCACAAACACUGGAAAUCGACCAUCAGAGCCGCGAUAGUGGAGUAGAUAGUGCCAGCAAUAAUCGUCAAUUAUCCAUCUCUUUAGCCGCUAUUAAUUCGACUGACAACAACGCACAACAUACCUUUACUUAUAUAAUUGAAGAUCUACCAACAGAUCUAAGUAAACAACCUACACAACCAGAACAACAAACAACAACUACGAAAUUGUAUCCAACACAAAAUUCAUUAAACUAUCAUCAGCAAACAGUUCCGCCAAACUACAGUUAUCACCAUCUACAGCAACAGAGCAUAGAUUUCGAUCAGUCUGAACUCGAACCGCCGACUAUCAAUCCAGCAUUACUGGAAGCUGCAUCUAUUGUGAGGCGACGUGAUAUGUUAGAUUCUCCACGUGAAGACGAAGUUACGUUUGGGGGAAUACCGUUUAAGCAGACACGACACACGGAAAACCAAAACCAAUUUCAACCACAACAUAGAAGCCAUGAUCAUAAAUAUCAAGAGCAAAUGAAUGAACCCGUUUACGAUAUUGAGCGCUCUAACUUAAUAGCGUCUCCCAUGCCAACGUCAUCAUUCUCAUCACAUCAUUCCAUUAGUCAUGAUUUAUCGCAAUACGAUGAUACACGAGAGGCCAACGAGUUAAUUGAGCAUUACAAACGAGGAGAGCUUGCGCGGCAUGGUCUGCACAAGGGAUACGCACCAGUGCCUAAGUAUGAGCCUUCGCUACUCAACAACGAGAUUGUGCGUCAAGUGGAAGCUGCAAUAGCGCCAUUACGUUCCUCGACUGAAUCGCCAGAACGUUCAUCAUCACCCGAGAGCGACUCCAUGAUGAUGGCCGAUCGUGAUGUAAUGACACUACCGUUGCGCAAACGUAAACUUUACAUGCACGAAGGAUCACCAAUCGAAUCGACAGCUAUAAAUGUGCCCACACUUGAAAUGGAAAAGACACUUGGCCAUAUUGGUCUAGCCUCGGGCAGUGUUGAACCAAACCAUGUCAACAUCGACGCGGUAGACAAUGCUAACCAUGAAUCCGGCGCAAAGGUGAUGCGUAUGAGUUCAGUUAUACAAUUCGCCAAAGCUUCAUAACUUCAAAUAAUAGCAAGUGACUUCAAAUGAUUACGCAAAAAAGAACUGUUUCAUUUGAGAAAACAAUUAAAGACUGUUAAGCAAAUUUUAUAUUUACAUAAUGUAGCGGAAAUAAAUAAAUGGAAUAAGCUGCACUGUACAAUAAGUGAUCCGUACACAUCGGACCUUCAUAGACAAACAAUCUUACGAGUAUAUGCAUUAAUACAGCCUACAUACAAUAUACAUAUACUAUACAUAUAUGUAUGUAGGUGUUAAUACUUAGUUCGGAAUAUUUGUUAGCAUUGAUUUUGCCAAAAGUAUUAUUUUAGAUACUGAUAUAUUAGUUAAUGAUUUAUAACAUUGGACUGUGUGUGUGAAUAUGAAUGCCUACAUACAGACUUAAACGUAUGUAUGUAUAUCGAAGUAAUUUUUAACUAGAGAUAAAACCUGCAAAUUCUUUAUGAACAAGGACGAGCUCGCGAUUGAACAGAAGUGGCAUUAUACUUGUAAUUAUUAUCAUAAAUACUUAGUUUAAUUUAUGUUAAAAAUUAAGAACAUUCAAAGUAUAGUAUACACAUUCACACAUAUGCAUAUAAGUAAAAAUAUAACUUUAACUUUUGAAUACAUA